AUGCUACCUCAUUAUUUUUGGCGAAUGGGUGAAAAAGGUCUACAUAAAGAUUAUCCUGUUGCCAUAGAUCGUUUUUGGUAUAAUUUGCCUCCAGAGCUACAACAUGUUGAUGCAGUUUAUGAAAGAUCUAUUGAUACCAAAAUAAUGUUUUUCUCAGGUAACAAAUAUUGGUUGUUUAAUGCUAACACUCCAGAAGAAGGAUAUCCAAGACCUGUUACAGAUUUGGGGCUUCCACCUGAUUUAAAAAAAAUAGAUGCAGCUAUGGUUUGGGGUCAUAAUGGUAAAACCUAUUUUUUUAGUGGAAAGAAAUAUUGGAGAUAUGAAGAAUUUGAAGGACGUGUAGAUUCAGACUAUCCUAGAGAUAUGGCUGUUUGGGCAGGAAUACCUUACAAUAUUGAUGCUGCUUUCCAAUGGACAGAUGGAAAGACAUAUUUUUUUAAAGGAAAAUAUUUUUGGAAAUUUAACGAUCUAAAAAUGCACGUUGAAGAUAUUAAACCAACCGAAAUAAGUAAUUUUUGGUUUGGUUGUCCAAGCUCAAAUGAAAAGUUACCAGAUUAUGAUUUGAUAUAUGGUGGAAGAGCAAUCGCAUCAAUGCUCAGAGAAUCCAAAUGGUGCAUAAUUUUAUUUCUACUAAUAAAAGUUUUCAGUGAUGCAUUAAAUAAUCUAUGAUGUAUCAUUUAGAUGAAUAUAAUAAUUAUUUUAAAAUUAAUUGAAGACAGUGCCUCUGGCUAGCAAAAUUAUUUGUGUUUGUACGAACAAGUCAGCAAGGACGAAGAUGAGAUUGUUGUUGUGCCAUUAUAAAGUACUAAAAUCAACUGUGAUCACACCAUAUUAUAGCAAAGAUCUAUAAUAUAAAUUCGUAGAUUUCUCAUUUUCUGGAUUAUUAAGUGCUAUGUACUUUAAAUGGUGCUAUCAUUGAAAUGUUGAAUUUUUUUUACCUUAAUUUAAUAACAACAAAUAGUUUUUUAAUGUGCCGAAUGAGAAAAAAAUUAUAUAACUUUUGAUUUUAAGAAGACAAAUA